CAAUCUUUUGCAAUAUGACACUGACCUGAGAAAGAUAAGAGAAAAACACUUUCCUCUCUGCAAAAAUAUUCUUUACAUGCCCCACACCUUCUGCCUUUUAAAUAUUCUCUAACCAUUCACAGAUCAAUGACAUAUAUAAUAUAUUGAUUCUGAAAUCAUUCUCUCCACCCUGUAUAGAAAACUUCUUUUUUUGUUUUCCACCUCCCCUUCCCCUUGUCCUAACACAGGCAGUCAUGAAUCCACCGGAGUUGGAGAAGCCGAGAGUAACAGAGAUACUCGUCCGGAUGGACUGCAAUGGAUGUGUACAGAAGAUUAAGAGGGCUCUACAUGGGAUCAAUGGUAUAUAUGAUACGUAUAUUGAUUUUCCACAACAGAAAUUAACAAUUAUAGGGUGGGCAGAUCCUGAGAAGAUAGUUAAGGCGAUUAGAAAAUGCAGAAAAUCAGCCACCAUCUGCUCUCAUUCAGAACAAGCUCAACCAACAGAUGCACCGCCUGAAGGGGGCCAACCGCCCACAGAGCCAGCCAAUCCCCCUCCACCAGAAGCUCCGCCAGCUGAAACAUCUCCGUCAGCAGAGCCACCAAAAGACCUACCACCACCGGAGAAUCCACCUCCAGAGGUACUGCAGCCACCUCCAGCUACUGAGGCAGCCCCAAUGGGAAGCCAACCAGGACAACCUGGUGGACCUGUUGAAGAAGUACAUGUAAUAUAUCACCACCCCCCGAGCUAUGGCUCAAGAUACAGUUAUGGUCCUCACGUUCAAGGAUACGGUGGACAAGGAAGCAGUGUUGUAACGGCUCCAGGUACUCAAACAAGUAACUACCCAACUCCUGGUCCAGAAAUUAGACAGCACACACCCUCACCGAUAUAUGUGGCUCACAGCUAUAACACGUAUAAGCCAUCACCAUAUGUCACUGAAUAUGUAUCGCCACCACAAUAUUCACAACAGCCCAGUAAACCAGAGGCUCCACAAAAUCCGCAACAUGUGCACUACAGUGAACCAGAGCCACCACAGGUUUACAGCAGACCAGGGCCGCCACAAGUAGUGAAUUACAGCAGACAAGAGCCACCACAACAAAUGAAUUACAGCAGACCAGAGCCGCCACAAGUAGUGAAUUACAGCAGACACGAGCCGCCACAACAAAUGAAUUACAGCAGGCCAGAGCCGCAGCAAAACAUAAAUUACAGCAGACAGGAGGUGCCACAAGUAAUUAAUUACAGCAGACAAGAGCCACCGCAAUACACGCACUACAGCAGACAAGAGCCACCACAAUACUCCUAUUACAGUGCACCAGAGCCGCAGCCAUACACGUAUUACAGUAGACUGGACCAAUACGGUGAGGAUUAUCACAAUGAAUACCAAGGAAAUCGCAAUGGAAAUAUCACUUCGGUGUUUAGUGAUGAAAAUCCAAAUGCUUGCAGAAUAGCCUAACAGCAAACUCUGCCACCUAAGAAACCUAACUAGAAAGUUAAUGGGGAAUAAGCAACAUGAUGAUACCAUUAACAAUUCUGGAUGAGUACUAUUUCCUAACAAGCAUUGAGCCGAUGCCACGGGAAGAAUAAGAUUCUUAGCUUGUAAGUGCGGGAAGAAUAUGUUCUACAUUCCACUAUUGGGCGAGGUCUGAAAGAUAAUUUCUAGGAAUCGCCCUUUGUUCAAAUCUAUAUACCUUGAUUCUAAGCCA